AUGUCGAACAAGUGCUCAUUCGAAGCAUGUGAACGCGUUCCACAUGCACUCUGCCAUGGUUGUAAAUCAAAUUUCUGUCGCGAACACAUGUUCCAACACUCUCUCGCUACUCAUUUACAACUAAAUCCAUUGAUUGAUCAAGUUAAUCAAAUACAAGAUCAACUGAAAGGUUUGGAUAAAAUGGUUAUCUUGCAAAAAUCGUUCCAACAAUUAGAAGAAUGGCGACAAAAGGCGCAUCUUGCCGUUGAUGCUUAUUUUACGGAAAAAAUUCAAGAGUUAGACGCGUAUGCAAUGGAACAGAUGAAACAACAUGAAGAAGAACUACUGGAAAUUCGAACGAGAAUCAUAACGUCUAUGAACGAGCAAGAUACAACACACGAAUUAAUACAUUUAUUAACAUUCAAAAUCCAAUCACUUCAACGUGACAUUGAUCGACUCACACAAAACGAUUUUCACCUUCAAACGAACCCAUUAGUCAUUGAUAAAAAUACAAUCAACUACGAACAAGUUUUCAAUCUCACAAAUAUUCUAUCUGUCCAUCGAGCAAUUGAACGAAGUGGGAAAAGCUAUACACCAUUGGCGACUGAUAAUCAAGUGUUGUUAUUACAUCGUCAAGAUUCGUUAGUAGUCACCGAUGAAUCAUUGGCAACAUUAAAACUUGCACCAUGGAAAUUUGGACCGAUUUACGACAUGUGUUACUCGUCUGUUCUCAAACAGUUUAUUAUAAUCACUGAACACGAAGUUUUUGUGUUAGAAAGCAACACAAUGGUCAUAUGUAAAGUCCGUUCGAUUCCUUAUCAAGAAUGGUUUUCCUGUACGUGCUCAUCGACGACGCUGUAUCUCUCGACAAAAGUUUAUAGUUCAUCCAUUGUUGAAUUUAAUCUUUUACGUUCGAUGUCGUUUAUUAAAAGAUGGGAAUCUCCGGAUACAUGUUCGAGAGAGGAAGCUAUUGAUGGAAUAUUCUACAACAAUGAUAAACUAGCGAUUAUGAUUAGCAAUGAUCAGCAGAGAUUUGCUCGAUUGGAACUACGAGCAGCAACGACAUUGACUCGAAUCUGGUCGAUGGCAUUAGAAAUAAUUUAUAGUGAAAAACAAGCAUACCGAUUCUGUUUGAUCAACCGAGAUGAAUGGCUUGUUGCUGAUCAUGCCAAUUCAAAACUUAUACAUAUCACGAAUGAUGGCAAAAUGAAAGCUAUAUGUGAAUAUCAUCCAACACCAUGCUGUGCAAUGAAAAUGGGAAACAAUAUAUUAGCUGUUUCAACAAAAUCAGCUGUUCAGUUGCAUAAAUUUUAG